CUGUUCAAUUAACCUUACUUUGAAGGUAUCUAACCUCUGGAAAUCAUUUUUAAUAUUUAUUUAUGUGAUUGCUUCAAAGUAAUAAUGAUAAAAAAUCAACUGAAACGUAAACAACCCGAAAAUCCUAAAAUAGAAAAUGUAUCAGAAAACGAAGUUUUACCAGCAAAAAGAAUGUCAAAUGAACCAUUACCAAAAAAGGUAAAAUGGAUAAAUAGGCAACGAGUACUAGUAUUUGCUACUAGAGGAAUCAGUUAUAGACAUCGUCAUCUUAUGGAUGAUUUAAAAGCUCUUAUGCCUCAUCAUCGCUCUGAAUCUAAAAUGGAACGUACUAAAAACCUAGAAGUUGUUAAUGAAAUCUGUGAAAUGAAAAACUGUAAUAAAACAGUACUAUUUGAAGGCAGAAGAAAAAAAGAUCUAUAUUUAUGGUUUUCUAAUAAUCCUGUAGGACCAUGUGCAAAAUUUCUUGUUGAGAAUAUUUAUACUAUGGGAGAAUUAAAAAUGACUGGUAAUUGUUUAAAAGGUUCUCGACCACUAUUAUCAUUUGAUGAGAAUUUUAACAUGGAACCACAUUAUUGUCUUUUAAAAGAAUUGUUUGUUCAGAUUUUUGGUGUUCCUAAUCAUCAUCCUAAAAGUCAACCAUUUUUUGAUCAUGUAUAUACAUUUACUAUACUGGAUAAUCGAAUAUGGUUUCGAAAUUUUCAAAUUUUGACAGAAGAUGGUGGUUUAACUGAGAUAGGGCCAAGAUUUGUAUUAAAUCCAAUAAAAAUAUUUGCUAGUAGUUUUAGUGGGAAAGUACUUUGGGAUAAUCCAACUUAUAUUUCCCCUGCGAAGUUCCGACACUCUUUGAAAAAAAAUAGUGCUAAUAAAUACAUAAAUAAAAUGGAGCAGAAAAUGGCACAAGAAGUUAAUAAACCAGAAGAAUCAUAUUCAUUGAAUCCUAUAAAUGAGAUAUUUAAAGGUGAUCCAUUAGAAAAAGCAUUAGAAUUACAGCAAGAAGAAACAAAAGAAUUACAAACUAGUGAUAAUAAAAAGAAAAAGGCAAACAAAAGUGCUAAAGAGCAAUUAGAAAAGAAAAUAAGAAAGACUAAUUCCAAAAAGGAAAUAAAAAAUUAA